CGUGGGAGGAGCUUAUGCUGGUUCCGCUGACGUCACGAGCUCCCUCACUCCCUCCGUUCUCCAACUCCGCCCCCAACGACACAUCCAACAAACGCCUCCAAGCCGAAAACAACUCCUCGCUCUCGCUGUAAACUGUCGGCCACCUCACGGCAGACAUGGCGGCGGCUCCGCUAGCCCACUUCGACGAGGACUGGCAGGACUUCAACGAGUUCAAGGAGACGUCCGCGCAGCUGGACCAGCUCAACUCCAACGUGGCGGUCGACGGCGGCGGCGGUUUGGCGGCGGGGGGCCUGGAAGAUCUGUCCGACCUGGACAACAGUUUUUCCGGGGAGAUUUGCAGCUUCCAGUCCAUGGAAGACCUGGUCCACGACUUCGACGAAAAGCUGACUGUGUGCUUCCGCAACUACAACACCACUACGGAGCACAUAGCCCCAAUUAAGCCCAUCACGGAGGAGACUUACCUGAAAGACGACGAGGUGUGGAACGCUCUGACGGACAACUACGGCAACGUGAUGCCGGUGGACUGGAAGACGUCGCGCACACGCUUGCUUCACCUGCCCACCCUCAACCUCAACGAGCGCCAGAAGUUUGACAGCCAGUCGUUGGAUCUGUCGGACGAUGAGGAGCUGAGGGAGCAGAUGGACAUGCACUCCAUCAUCGUCUCCUGCAUCAACGACGAGCCGCUCUUCACCGCCGAACAGGUGAUCGAGGAGAUCGAAGAGAUGAUGCAAGAGUCUCCGGACCCGUACGACGACGAGAGCCCUUCCCAGUCCGACCUGUCCAUGCUCUCCCAGGACCUUCACGGCCUGAAACGCUCUGGCUCUGACACCAGCUACAGGGACCGUUUGCGCCGGCUGUCCAUGUCGGAGCUGAACGAGACGCUGGAGGGGGUGGAGACGGCCAUCCGCGGCUACAGCGAGGAGCUCAUCCAGGCGCUGGCCCUGCGGGACGAGCUGGAGUAUGAGAAGGAGGUGAAGAACAGCUUCAUCUCGCUGCUCAUCGACGUGCAGAACAGGCAGAAGGAGCACCGUGAGCUGCUGCGCAAGAAGAAAAAGAUCCGCGGCACAGCCGUGACCGCGUUCAACGGCCAGCGGACCGCCAGCACGCACGUCCCGGGCACGCGCCUCACUCUGGAGGGACUCUCCAAUGUCAUACAAAAUGGCUUCCGUCAAACUUUUGGUACCACAGGAGGGGACAAACAGUACCUGACCACAGUGAUCCCCUAUGAGAAGAAAAUGGGCUCCCCUGCCGUCGAAGACCUCCAGAUCCUGACAAAGAUCCUUCACGCAAUGAGAGAUGACAGCGAGAAGGUUCCUGCCCUGCUCACAGAUUACAUCCUUAAAGCUCUGGUAUGAGAGCGCUUGGACGCUGAGUUCUCUGUCCCACGUAAAAAAAAAUAAAAAUAGUGUCCAGAAUCUCCCUGGAGCGACGCCACAAAGAACCUUCUGGAACGUUGGAUCUUUUAAACAAAAACUUUCUUACCGUAUCAUGAUUUUACCUGGAUAUCGAGUUGGACAAUCCCGAUUCUCCGUGGAUGUUAACCAGUAUUACUCAUCGCCCCAAGUGACUCCUUGUUUUUAAUGUUCUUCAGCAAAUGAAAUGCAGUCUGGGCUUCUUUUUUUUUUUGCGUCCAAAGAAGGAAAACUCCUCGCCAGUAGAGACUCCAGGUGGCAUCAAACUAACCGUGGCAUCCAUCAAACUCUGCUAGCCACUGGCUGAAUGUUGAAAGAAUAUUUUUUGUCUAUAAUGCACGAAAGAGGAAAAAAAAAGGAAAGCCAGACGAACAUGUACGACCCACUUGAGUGGGUGCCCACCGACUCCCUCGUACCUUCCACAUCACUUAUGCUAGCUAGCAAGUCAACGCAGUGGCUCGGCAGAGCCGUUAAUCUUUUGGUGUUUAGUUAUUUCCAUACUUAAGGUAGUAUGUGGUCGCACUUUUUGUGUAUGUCGUGAUCUACUCACGUUGCGUAUUUGUUGAUUAGCGCUAGAAAAGCUUUUAGCUAAUUAGCAUGCUAGUACGUGAUCUUUGUAUGCUACCUUAGCCAAAAUUUUGGCACUUUGACCAUCGUUGUCAGAGCUCAACUCCGAGCUUUUUUUUUCCCACCGAGCAAUUGAACAUAUCACAAGGGGUUUAUGGCGAUAUUUAAUGAGUUUGUGCGGCGGCUAAGAUUGCAUGGUCAAGCAGCACAAAACAGCAUUCAUUCUUCAUAUUUAAGAGUUUUUAUUUGAUUGUUUUGUAUUGUUGGCCUUUAAAUGUUUUUCAAAAAAAUACAUACCGAUAAUUACUUCAUGUCAACGUCACCGAUAAAGAUUUUUACGUUACCAUGCUCACUACCCAAGUUCAGUUAGAUUAUAUUCUACUUUUUGGUACAAAAUAGUUGCAUUUGAUCUUUUGCAAACUGUUUAUACUUAAACAUUUAUUUCGGUUCGAUUUUAUUUUUCUUCAAAGCCUGGAUAAAAAUGUUUGGGCAAUGCAGGGCAUUCUGUGUAAAAACUGUUUUAAAACAAAUCAUGUGCUUCACUGUGGUGACCGUUGAUUGGACAAGGCAAACAUUUAUGUUCAACACAUUUAAAUUAGAGUCAAGAUUUAAUUGUAAGCACAUUAAAUAUUUUGCGGAAUAAAAGCUGUUUUUGAUAAUUACUUGGCCUUUACCUCACGACUGUAUUUUAAUGCUGGUCAUGAUGGAGGUACUUGAACUUUUUUUUUUUUUUUUUUGGCACUAUUGUGUUUAAAAAGUUUCAGUCAUAUUGAGAGUUUUGUAGGAGAAACACUAAAAUCUUUGAACUUGAUAGCGAGCCUUGCGGAACACCACUAAUUUCGCCCUAACUACAGCUGUGAUUUACAUUCAAGUACAGUAUUAUGUUAACAAUUGUACGUAACUUGCAAUGUGCUGUAAUCAAUCACAAAUGAAAAACACUUUUGCCAGGCCAUGAAUAUAAAACAACCAAAACCCCGCCCCGCUAAGUACGGCACUAACCGCAUGCUUUCUUGUGAUGUGUGACCAUUUACUCUUACGCCCUUCAUAAGUGCAAAACGUUGGAUAAUGGGAUUGUCGUAAAUUAGGGAUUUUUUUUUUUUUUUAACAUAGUGGGGAACUCGAAGGUCCAGUCGCACUCUCAGGUACGACCGUUAGCAUCUUCAGUCGUAUUGCAUUUGUAAGUAAAAUUUGUCUGUCGUAAAGCCCUCGAGCGUAUCUCCAUCUAGUCGACUUUAUGUUCAGAUUUCCGAAGAAGGGGGGAAGAAAAAAAAAAGGAGGCGCCUCAUGACGUCUAGGUGUGUGCGCUUAAGCGUUUUUAACGGGAAUGAAAAAGACAAAGUGCUUGCUUGAAUGGUAUUCUGUGUAAACUCUGACGUGCCGCCUGCACACUUUUCUGCCGCACGUUGUGUGUGUCUUUUCAUUCGAUUCGAUUUCUUGGACUGUUCUCGUAGCUGUCUGAAAUUUUCAAAAUCUGAUUAGCCGACUGACACGUGAAAUCCAAAUCAGGUCCAUUUUAGAUAAUGAAAAUAUUUUUGAUGUAAUCUGGUAAGAAAAGAUUUUAGUUUUCUAAUGAAACCUCAAUCUUUGGUCUCAAGUACAAUUUUACAGAUUUAUAUUUUAUAUGCAAAGACCAGCAACAGUCAGACUUUGUAAAAAAAAAAGAUUUCUACAUUAACUUGACUGCUUUUUAAUCGUUUUUAAUGCAUAGGAUUCCACCCCCGUUUGGGUAUGUUUGUUUACCGUUUUACGUGGUACUGCAGUAUAUUAAUUUAUUGUGUUACUGUUUUGUUUUUGUGACCAUGUAUUGACUGUAAUUGGCAGCAUUGCACCUCAUUUCAAAUAAAUGACUAUUUGAAGAACUA